AGGUUUGAAGCUAAACCCAAGAUGGCAAGAUUCUCAAUCUUCACAUGUCCUACAUUUCCUUAAUCUCUAUAUAUUUUCUUGACUUCUUGUCCAAACCAAACACUUAACACAACCCCAUAUAUUCUCUGAAACCCAAAUCACUAAAUCAAGAAACAUCUAUGGCAGCCAUGGAUGCAAACUCUAGCUAUGACCGCAUGAAGGAGCUGAAAGAAUUCGAUGAGUCCAAGAUGGGUGUGAAGGGUCUCUCUGACUCAGGCAUCACUUCCAUCCCACGCUUCUUUGUUCACCCUCCUGAAACUCUCUCUGACUUCAAAAAAUCUUCUUCCACAUGCACCAACAUCCCCAUCAUCGAUCUUUCCGGUAUUAUAAACUCCAAGGACAACGAUCACCGUCUCAAAAUCGUUGAACAAGUCAAAGAAGCUGCAAAAACAUGGGGUUUUUUCCAAGUGAUCAACCAUGGUGUGCCUAUAUCAGUUUUAGAAGAAACCAUCCACGCCAUCAGAGCUUUCCAUGACCAACCUCACGAGGUGAAAGCCAAGUUCUAUAAGCGAGAAAACGAGCUUGGAGGUGUUAUGUACAUGAGCAACAAUGACUUGUACCGAGCCAAAUCGGCUGCGUGGCAUGACUCGUUGCAAGCUUGGAUGGGACCAGAGCCAUUAAAGGUGGCCGAUUUACCUGAGAUCUGCAGGAACGAGGUGGUUGCAUGGGAUAAGAGUGCAACAGAGGUAGCAGAGACUGUAAUGGAGUUGUUGUGUGAAGGGUUGGGAUUGGAGGCUGGAAAGUUUAAGGAAUUAACGUUUUUGGAUGCUAGGGUUCUUGUGGGUCAUUGUUAUCCGUAUUGUCCACAGCCAGAUCUAACAGUGGGGAUUACGUCGCAUACAGAUCCAGGUGUGAUUACAGUUUUGUUGCAGAAUCAUGUACCUGGGUUGCAAGUCAAGCAUGGUGAUGAGUGGGUGAACGUUAAGCCAGUGCCUGGAGGUUUGAUCAUAAAUGCUGGAGACUUUCUUCAGAUAAUCUCUAAUGGAGAGUACAAAAGUGUACAACAUCGAGUACUGGCCAAUUCAUAUAAGGAAGCACGAAUCUCAAUUGUCAUAUUUUUCAACUUUAGCAAAUGGAAAGGAGAUGGCUACUAUGGACCUUUGCCAGAAUUGUUGUCACCCGAAAAGCCAGCUAUUUAUCGAAAUUUUACUUCACAAGAAUUCUUCGAGAAUUUUUAUGGCAAGGGCAUAGAUACCAAGUCUCUAAUAGAGAAAAUUAAAAUACAAAAUUAGAAAUCCGUAUUAUUCCAUGUAAAUAAUUGCACCUAUAAGAUUGCACGUAUGGGAAUUUUGAAUUUGGUAGAAUAAAAGGGGAUUUCGCUCUCCAUUAAAUCAAAUCUGCAGUACUAUAUAUGUAAAAUAAAAUCUUCACUUUGUGUGCAAGUGGAUGAUAGAGCUAGAGGGGAAAGAGUGGCCUCACUGCUCAUUGGCCACACUUGAAUAUAUAAUCACUAAGAAGAGAAAUCCAUGAAGGCCCCACUGUAUAUAAAUUAUUUCAUGCUUAGCAGUGCUCUAGCUCAGCUGAUCUGAUCAAGAAAUAUUUUCUCUUACUGCUUUAA